UAGUUUACCUGCAGUGUCGCAGGAAGGCGCAGAGACGGGCGGCUGGCUGGAUUCCUUCCUUCCGUGUCCCGUGAAGUAGUCAGGAAUAGUUGGAAUUCCAGGGGCGAACCUCGGCCCGGAGACAGACGCGACGCCAUGAGCUUUCACGGCUCGCAGACGGGGCUCAACCGGCGACUGUCGGACCGUCGCUUCCCGCCCGGCGACUUCACGGCCCGCAGCGACGGACAGGUCGAGGGCUUCCCGCCCUUACACCAGCAGUACGCGGGAGUCGGAGGGUCACAUCUGGCCGGAACCCAGAUGUAUGGGACGGUGGGAGGUAGAAGCGAGACCCAGCACACCAUCACCAAACAACGCUCGCUCUAUAGCCCCAGGAACUCCCGCACCUACGACUUGAUCGAGCAAUCCCAGAACGUCAGUGUUAUGGAUUUGCUGAAGACCCGCCAUAAUAUCAGCCUUGAACUAACAGAAAAUUGUGCACUUAAACUUAGUGAAGCAGAGAAGAUGCUGCAACAGGAUUUGAAUGCUUUUGAUCGUGGUCACCUUGGGAGAUACAGACACCAGAUUGAUGCAUUGUUAAGAGGUGCUGGUGAUGACCUAGCAAACAUUGAAGACAACAUUGUAGAUUUACACCGUAAUCGGUACCCCACUGAGGCACUGCAAACUAGUGUGUUUCGUCUCCGAAGUCAGAUGCGUAUUAUUGCGAAAACCAUCUCUGAUCGAUGGACAGAACGUUCCAAGUCAAUGUAUAACAUCAACCAGAGAUACACAGAUUCCUGGGAUGAAGAGCUGUCAAGGUCGACCAGUGAGCUGUUCAGCUGGUUAAAACAGCAAAAGCUUCUUUUAGAUUCUCAAGAAUGGGGUGUGGAUGCAACCUCGGUAGAGCAACACAUGAAUAAUCACAAAAGAUACCAUAAGAGCCUCGAAGAAGCUCGCAGGAAAAUAGAUAAAAUCAAAGCGGAACAGUAUGACAACCAUUCUAGCAACUACAGGGAUGCCAUUGAAGCAAUAGAAAGUGAAUAUGAAAGUAUGUUGAAAGCUUCAGAGGACAGAUUUGAUCAACUGAGAAAGUUUCAGGACAUCAUUCAGGCCACCUCCAAUGAGAUUAUGUGGAUCAAUGACCGUGAGGAAGAAGAACUUGUCUAUGAUUGGAGUGAUAAGAACACAAACAUGGCUCAGAAACAAGAAAUGUUCUCAAUACUGAUGAGCCAGUUGGAAGAAAAAGAAAAGCGGUUAAACAGACUCAAACAAGAAGGUGACCAGCUAGUAGCAAAUAAUCAUCCCGCAUCUGACAAGAUUGAGGCUUACAUUGAUACUUUGCAGACCCAGUGGAGUUGGAUUCUCCAGCUUACCAAAUGCAUUGAGGUCCAUCUGAAGGAGAAUUCCAAUUACUUUCAGUUUUUCGAGGAUGCACAAGUAACUGAAAACUCUCUGAAGAAAAUGCAGGAUUCCCUAAGAAAGAAAUAUGUCUGUGAUAGGUCAACAUCACUGCAGCAAUUGGAGAAGAUGAUUACAGAAUCCGAGAAAGAUAAGGAGAAAAUCCAUGAAUACAAAAGACAGGUGUCAAACUUGGUCAACAAGUCAAAGAAAAUAGUGCAACUAAAACCACGCAAUCCAUCUACUGCUAUUGACCAACGGGGUCCAAACCAAAUCAUUCUCAAGGCUCUUUGUGACUACAAACAGGAUCAGAGAGUUGUCCAUAGAGGAAAUGAAUGCAUCUUAUUGGAUAACUCUCAACGCAGCAAGUGGAGGGUGAUUGGACCAGGUGGAAUGGAAAUGGAAGUUCCAUCUAUUUGUCUUCUCAUCCCACCUCCAAACCCUGGUGCAAUUGAUCUUGCAAACAAAAUUGAUCAGUACUACGAGGCUAUCCUUUCUCUAUGGAACCAACUGUACAUUAAUAUGAAGAGCUUGAUUUCUUGGCAAUACUGCAUGAUAGAUAUUGAAAAGAUACAGAGUUGGACCAUAUCUGUGUUACGAACAAUGUCUCGGGAGGAUUAUGAGUUAGUUCUCAAAAACUUGGAAAAGAACUUUAAAGCUUUCCAGGCAUACAGUAAGGAUUCGCAAUACUUCUCUGAUGCAGACAAGCAUAAAUUGGAAAAUGAAUUUGGCUCCAGCAAGAAGCGCUAUGUGAACAUGGUAACCACUCUGGAAGAAGAGAGAACUAGUGUGCAAGGUCCAACACAGGUGGUAAUACCACCACAAGUACUACCAAGGGUGGACAUGAAUUUCCAGCAAGAACUCCAGAAGAUACGUCAUCGUUUGGAGGUGAAUGAAAACAAAAUGAUGGAAAAAAUACAUCUCCUCAUUGAUUCAAAUGCACAGGAGGAGUUUGCACAGAGAACGUCCGAGUUGGAGUCUUUACAAGAUCAGUUGAAUACAAUUGACGACGACUUUAUCAGCCUUCAGAGUAGGUGGUAUCAAUCACCAAAUGCAUCAUGCAAUCAGAAGACUUACUUUGAAACAGAAUUUAGCCGAAUAAGCCAAAGAUUGAAGAACAGCAGUGACUUUUCUUCGGCCUAUUUAGAGAGAAUGAAAGCAUUGAGAUUACUCUUUCAAAAUAUUCUUGAAGUGGAAGAUCUGAUAAAAGUUUAUGAAGCAAGACUAACAGAAGAGGAGACUGUCCCGAUGAGUUUGGAGAAAAUAGAAUCUUACAGAGACAAUCUGCAGAAAAUGAAGAUGGAACUGGAUCAGAAGAAGAACUUAUUGACGUCGAUGCAGCAAAGUAUGCAGGAAUCUCUCCGAAUCAAUGAUGACAUAAUGCCAUCUUUCUAUAAGUGUGAUAUAGAUCUUGCAAAGUACAAUGAGAAAGUAACCCAGCUUACAGACCGAUGGCAGAGGAUCUACAAAGAAAUCGAUAGCAGGUAUUAUGAUUUAGAUAAAGAACGUAAGCAGCUCAGAGACUAUGGAGAUUUGUUUCAGAAGCUUAGUAAGUGGAUUGAUGUAACAAAACGCAAACAGGACGGGUUGCAAAUCAACAGGUAUGAGGAUACAAAUGUCCUUGUACAGCAGCUAAGUGAACAGAAGAACUUGUACUCAGAAAUAAAGAAUAAACGAGGCGAUGUUGAAGAGUACCAAAAACAUGCAGACCGCUGUGCAACAUCUGUAAAGGAUUACGAGCUACAGUUAGCAUCUUAUAGUGCUGGCCUGGAAACGCUGCUCAGUAUUCCGGUCAAGAGGCAAGUGGCACAAUCAAUUUCCACUACAAUUCUUCAUGAGUCUGCAGAUCUGCAGUCUCGUUAUAUAGAACUUCUUACAAGAUCUGGUGACUACUACAAGUACUUAAGUGAGAUGUUGAAGAGCAUGGAAGAAGCAAAGAUAAAAAACACAAAAAUAGAACUUUUGGAAGAGGCACUUAAAAAUGCCCAAGAUGAGAAUGCUGAUAGUAUACAGCAGAAGAAGUAUCUUGAUCAACAUUUAAGCCAGGUUCAGACUGAGUAUACAGACUUCCGGAAAAAGAUUGUCUUCCUAGAGGAGCAGAAAAGAAAUGCUGAAAUAGACCGCGAUGCCACAAAACACAGUCUGGAUGCACAACUUAUCCAAAUAAAAGAAAUCAAUGAGAAGAUAACAAGACUGACAUUUGAAAUUGAAGAGGAAAAGAGAAAGAGAAAAUUGGCUGAAAACCAAUGUGAUCAGCAAAAAGAUGAACAUGACAGUGCUUUCCGAAUGAAACAGAAGGAGCUUGAUGAAGCUCGCUGGCUGAAAUUGGAGCUUGAGAAAUCAAUCAAAGACAAGGAAAAAGAGAUAGAAAGGCUUAGGAGUGUAUUGCAGGAUGAGUCUUUAAAAAGGCAACAACUUGAAAGUGAACUAGUUCGGCUUAGGGACAACUUUGAGCGGGAAAACAGGAUGUUGAAGUCACAGAUUGAAAAAGAGGUUCACAUAAGGGAAACCACAGUUGAAAAGUUAACUAUUAAGAAGGAAGAUGAUGUUGCAGCUUUGAAUAUUCAGUUGGAAAAAGCUUUGAAAGAGAAAAAGAAUCUCCUGGAUGAAAUAAAUCGAUUAAGAAGUUCUGCCAAAGAAAUUGAGCUGAGUAGGAAAAGGGCAGAAAAGGAUAUUUUGCAGCAGAAAUCAGCUAGUGCUGAGGAAUCCAGAAAGAGGAGGGAACUUGAACUACAAAUAGAAACACUCACCAAAUUUAAAACUGAGGAAACUAUGAGGUUUAAAUCAUUUCAGGAGGAUACCUCCAAGGCUAUCCAAGACAAAACAAAGGAGAUUGAAAGGCUAAAGAUCUUGCUGGAGGAAGAAAUAAAUAAGCGAAAACAUUUGGAAAAUGAAAAUGAUAAAUUGAAACAAAUGCAAACUGAUUUUCAGAAGAAAGAUGCAGAAAAACUUACCAAAAUUAAAACCACAGAGCAAGAGUAUACAUUUAUAAAGAUAGAACAUGAAAGAAUAUCUAGAGAAAAGGCUGGUUUGGAAAAAGAAAUUGCACGCCUACAGAACAGUAUAAGGGAGGCAAACAAUACAAAAUAUAAGAUAGAUGAAGAACUGAUACAGCUAAGGAGGAAUAUCAUUGAAGAAACUGCAAAGAGAAAAAGUGCUGAAGAGGAGGUUAAACGCUUUGAACAGAAGUGUAGGGAACAUACAAGUUCAAUUACGCAGCUCACCCAUCAGAUUGAAGAAAUCUCAAUCUUGAAGAAGGCGGCUGAGAAUGAGCUCUCCGAGCAACGGAAUGCUUUGGACCAACAACGUAAAGAGAAGGCUAUCAGCACAGAGGAGUUGAAUAGAUUGUACACUGAUGUAGAAACGCUGCGUCGCCAGUUGAGUCAUGAGCAAGAGAAUGUGAGACAGGCUCAUCAGAAAAAUGAGUAUUUGCAGAAAACCAUUGAAGAGAAAAGCAAGGCUUUGAACGAAAGCAUAAGUGAAAUAGAGAGACUGCGUUCUAUUGUGGAAAAUCUCACAAAAGAACGGCUGAAGCUGGAAGAAGAAUUAAGAAAUUUGAAGACAGAAUUUGAUGAUUUCCGGAGAUACCAAAAUGAAGCUGAGGGUGAUAAGUCACAAACUAUCUCUGGGCUGAGGCUGCAGCUUGAACUAACUAACAAAAGAACAACUGACCUUCAAGGGCUAACUAAUGAGUUAAGGAAUGAGAGGGAAAAAUUGAAACUGGAAGUUGAAUCAUUCCAAAAGCAGGCUCUGGAGGCAACUGAUAUGAUUAAGCAGACACAAUCUGCUCAUAAAGACAUUAUUCAAGAAAAAGAAUCUCUGCUGCUGAAGAUCAAACUGUUGGAACAGGAUAAGGCUAGGCUUCAGCGUUAUGAAGAUGAACUCAGUCGAGUAAAGGCACUCCUCGAAGCUGAAUCCCGCAUGAAGCAGAGACUUCAGGAUGAAAUCGAUAUAGUCAGAACUGACGUAAGCUACUGGAAGAGUCAGGCAGAAGUGCAACAGUUAGAGAAAGGAAAAUCAAGUAGUGAGUUUGAGCGUUUGAAAGCUGAACUAGAUAGAUUGCAAACUGAACUGAGAAUGACUGAAGAAAGAUACAGACGGAAACUAGAGGAAAGUGAAAGAGCAAAGAGGAUGGAGCUGGAAGCACUCCAAGCUAAAACAAAAUUAGAAAUUGAAAAGCUCAGCCAGACACCGCCAACGUUCAACAAGCAGACUCAAACAGGUGAUAUGGUUUUGGUGGAGUCUGCAAAACUACUGUUUGAUGGAAUCCGUAAAAAGGUUACAGCAAACCAGUUGUAUGAUUGCCAGCUAAUUGAUAAAUCAACUUUAGAUAAACUGCUGAGAGGAGAAAAAACAGUGAUGGAUGUUUCAAAUGACAUUAAUUUGAAUCUUUGUGGGUUGGAGAAUAUAGCUGGAGUCUACUCCCAGUCAAAUGGAGAAAAACUCUCAAUGUCAGAAGCAACAAAAAAGAAUAUUCUUACUCCUGAUGUGGCCUUAUCACUUUUAGAAGCACAGGCAGCUACUGGAUUCAUCAUUGAUCCACACACAAACAAAAGGAUGACUGUGGAUGAAGCUGUUGCAACAGGCCUUGUGGACCAUAAAGACAGAGACAAACUCCUGGUAGCAGAGAAGGCUGCAACUGGGUUUAAAGACCCAUUCACAGGAAAAGUCAUCUCACUGUAUGAAGCAAUUAGGAAAAAUAUUGUUGACAAAGAGACGGGUCUUCGGUUGUUAGGGGCACAGAUUGCAGCAAGUGGAAUAAUUGAUCCCAUCAACAGCGUGUAUUUACCAAAGGAGCUUGCAUAUAAACGUGGGCUGAUUGAUGCAGAAAUGUAUCAAAAACUCACCUCUCCUUUCAAUGAAUCAAAAAUCUUUGUUGAUCCAAACACGAAUUCCAAAGUUUCCUAUCAGCAGCUAAAAUUAAACUGCAGAACAGAUCCUGGAACAGAUUUAUUACUGUUGCCUGUGCAAAAAUCAGAAAUAACGUUACCAGGAAUCAGAACACCUGUUCCAAUUCACAAUCUUGUGGAUGCUGAAAUUAUAGAUCAAACAACAAUAGACGGUCUUAACUGUGGACUGCUUACAAUAGAUGACGUCGCUGCCCGGUGUAAGGGCUAUCUGCAAGGUGACAGUAGUAUUGCAGGAGUGUUUGUUGAAGCCACGCGGGAGAAGCUGCCAAUAUACCAAGCCAUGAAGAAGGGUUUGAUUAGACAAGGUACAGCUUUUGAACUACUAGAAGCCCAGGCAGCCACAGGUCAUAUAAUUGAUCCAAUCAACAACCAAAGGCUGACUGUUGAGGAAGCUGCUGCAAGAAAACUUAUAGGUGUGGAGUUCAAAACUAAACUUCUUUCAGCAGAAAAGGCUGUUACUGGUUACAAAGAUCCUGAAACUGAGAAAACCAUCUCAUUGUUUCAAGCAAUGAAAAAAGGCUUGAUUGAACACAAUCAUGGUAUUCGCUUAUUGGAAGCCCAAAUUGCCACUGGUGGAAUUAUUGAUCCAAUGAACAGCCAUCGCUUGCCAGUUGACAUUGCUUACAAGCGUAAUUACUUUGAUGAAGAACUGAAUGAAAUCCUGGUGGAUCCAAGUGAUGACACCAAAGGCUUCUUUGAUCCCAACACAGAAGAAAAUUUGACCUAUCUUCAGUUAAAGGAUCGGUGUAUUACUGAUAAAGUCACAGGCCUUUGUUUGUUGCCUCUAAGAGAAAAGAAAAAGGAGCCUACAACUUCCAGGUCAUCUGCAGUGCGAAAGCGUAGAGUGGUUAUUGUAGAUCCUGAAACAGAGCGAGAAAUGACAGUACGCGAGGCAUAUCACAAAGACCUGAUAGAUUAUGAGACUUUCCUCGAACUUUCUGAACAGGAGGCAGAGUGGGAAGAAAUAACAAUUAAAGGAUCAGAUGGGAGCACAAAAACAGUGGUUGUUGACAGAAAAACUGGAAAUCAGUAUGACAUUGAAGAAUCGUUACAGAAAGGCAUAAUUGAUAAGAAGAGUUUUGAGGACUAUCGGGCCGGUACUCUGACACUUUCACAGUUUGUGGAUUUGUUUGCUGAUAAGGUUAAUCUUAGUGUAUCUAGAGUGAGCACUGUAAUGAACAGUAGUCCAGUUCCAUCACCAAGUUUAAAAAACACUUUUGAUUCUUUGGAGGAACCUACUCCCAUUGCAGCCAUCUUUGACGUUGAAACACUGGAAAAAAUAACAAUUUCUGAAGCCAUGCGUCGCAAUAUUGUUGAUACAAUUACAGGGCAGAGGCUACUGGAAGCCCAGGCCUGUACAGGAGGUAUAAUAAAUCCUGGAACUGGUCAGAAGCUAUCCAUUCAAGAUGCUAUAUAUCAAUGUAUCAUUGAUGAAGAGAUGGGAAAGCGAUUAAAACCAGCACAGAAAGCUUAUGUUGGUUUUGAUGAUGUGAAGAACAAGAAAAGACUCUCUGCAGCAGAAGCAAUGCAAGAGAGUUGGCUGCCAUAUGAAGCUGGGCAACGCUUCCUCGAGUACCAGAGUGCUACAGGUGGACUAGUUGUGCCAAAUAUUACUGGGCGAAUCACCAUUGAUGAAGCAGUAAGGAGAGGCUUGAUUAAUGCCAAAACAGCUCAGAAACUGCAGGAUAGCAGCAGUUACUCAAAAUGUAUCACCUGUCCCAAAACAAAAUUGAAGAUUUCGUAUAAGGAGGCAGUGGAUCGUUCAAUGGUUGAGGAUAAAACUGGCCUACGGAUGUUAGAAGCAACAUCGUUUUCUACUAAAGGAAUUAAUAGUCCAUACAAUGCAGGUGGCUUCUCUGGACCAAAUUCCCGACCAGGUUCCCGCUCAGGUUCCCGUCCAGGUUCCCGUCCAAGCUCAAGAAGUGGAUCAAGACGAGGAAGUUUUGAUGCCGGCUCUUCCACUUUAACUAGUAGUACUCAAAUAACCAUUAAAUCCUCUUCUAUUACACGCUAAUCAUUUAUUACAAAUAUCCCAAAUGUGGAUUUUCAAAAUGUGUGAAAGAUCCAAAUUUAUAUUCUUUUCAAAUGCUUUCAAAUAUGCUUGAUUAUACUCUGGUGCCCUGUUAAGAUCAAUAUCAGUUUUGUGCAAAAUGUUAACCUGAGUUGAGAUUAAAUAUUCAAAUCCAAAGGUUGCUGAUAUAAUGAGCAAUUCAAUGUAAAACCUUUACCAGAAGAGACUGCUGUUUCACAGAGCUAAUACUGUUAAUGUAUAGCAGUUUUAAAGUGGCAGAGAAUGGUGCCAAGAAAAUGGUCUGUUAAUGGUUUAUAUGGAGGGUUUUUGUUGUACAGCAUUGAUCACAGUCAUAGUUUGUUUCACACUACAGUAGAAAAUUUCUAUAGAUAUAAACUAAUUGAUCUUAAAUUGGUUCCAUUGUACUUGUGUAAUCUUAUACUGGCUUAUAAUGGGAUAUUUUAGCAGGUGGAAAGGAAAUUGUGCUUAGUUUUUUUCCCUACUGUUUUGAUGAAUAUUCAGUACAUGGCCAAAGAAUAUCUGUAUUAAUAAAAGGGGUGAAUCUUUCAAUUUGAAGCUUGCUGAAUUAUGAGAGUAUGUAUUUUUGCUUUUCAUAAUAAAGUUUCAUCAUUUGAAUUGU